UCUAAAGAUUAAUUGCUUUAAAUAAUCAUCUUAUUAAUUUAAUCAAUAGCAUAUUAUUUAUUUACAAUGCCGAUUGAAUUGGUUCUUAGUCCAAUUAUGAGACCUGUGGUCCUUGCUAAAGCUAUAUUAUUCUCACCUCAUAGAAGCGGUUCAAGAUAUGUUCCAAAUAUAGUUGAACUAGAUGAAUCAAGUGCAUCUCAGUAUGUUGUUUUAAGAAGGUUUGGUUCUGGCUCUAAAAUAUUUGAUGUAUAUGAUACUGAGAAAGGAGAAAUCCCACUUGGAAGUAAUGAUCCUGGAAAAAAGCUAUUCUGGUUUUUAAGAUCAAGAGCUGUUAAAGGUGCCUAUAGAAUGUACUCUUCUUCAAUCACAGGAACGGGCCCUGAUGGUGAAGAUGAACCUGUUGCUGAUGUUAGAGCAGGUCUAAGAUCUAAUGUAUUAUUAAUUAGAGCUCCAGGUAUUCCAGCUGCUGAGUUGGGUUGGCAUAUUAUCGGUCAUAGAGUUGAUGCUAAUGAUAGUUACAGAAUGUUUACAAUGGCUGAUGGUUUUACUUAUCAAUGGACAACCAGAGGUAAAUGGCUUGAAAAAGUUUAUAAUUUAGGUGAAAAAGAAUCUGAAAUUAGAGAACGUAUUGGUCAAGUGAUUCCUAAUGGUGUUAAUGGUUUCACAUUGAAAAUUGAUGAAUCAAAAAUGCCAAGAGAGCUAGCCUUGGGAAGUGCCUUAUGCUCUUUUAUUGAUCAAUGGAAUACAAAUAUUGAAGUUGGUGGGAUCUAUUAUGCAAGGCAACCAAAUCAAGUUCGUUGGAAGCGUGAUUAAAAUAUAUUAAGUUGAUUUAUUAGAGCUUAUUAUCAUCUCUUUCUCUACUGUAAGGGAGUAGCAUGAAGGGAUUGUUUAUAAGUUUUAUUAUUAUUUCGUAAACAGG